AUGAAGUUUUUCUAUCAGGUCAUCACGACCCCGACGGCCGACACGCCCGGUACGGUCCUCUGUCUCAACUUCCCGGACAAGCGAUACUUCUUCGGACAGCUAUCAGAAGGUACACAGCGCGCAUGCACAGAACGCGGCGUGAAGCUCGGUCUGCUCUCUGAUGUAUUCGUCACCGGAAAGACCGAAUGGGCCAACACUGGCGGUUUGAUUGGCAUGAUCUUGACACUGGCCGAUACGGUGGCAACUUCAGCUGCGGCCAUUGAAGAAGAGAACCGGAAUAAAGCCCGCCGCCGGGCUGAACGAGAGGCUGCUGAGGAUUCGAGGAAAAGCAAGAAGACUCAGAAAUUACCGGAGAACAAGCCAGACAGCAAGGAUGAGAGGCACGGUGUGGCUUAUGUCGAGCGGGAUGGUGAGCUCGUGGAACAGAAGGGUAACCUGACCAUCCAUGGACCUACAAAUCUUACGCAUACGUUGGCUACAGCCCGGCGGUUUGUUUUUCGCAAGGGCAUGCCGGUUUACUUGAAAGAGUAUGACUCUGAGAGCCUUGCUAAGCAGGCAAUUUUCGGCGUUGAAGAUCCCUUCCAGACGCCUUCAUGGGAAGACUCCAACAUCAAGGUCUGGGCUAUGGCUCUGAAGCCUCGCCAGGCUAGUCCUAUGCUCUCAGAGAGGUCUCGCAGCCCACGGAAGCGCAGCUUGGACGAGUUUCAGGAAUUUGCGCAACCCCAAGAUGAGUUGGAUCAACGCACCAAGGACCAAAUGGUGAGACAAUCCAUUGUACAGGAUAUGUUCAAUUCAACAUGGAAGAUGGAUACUCUGUUCGAAACCCAAUUGUCUGAGGUUAAGAUGCCUGCUGCUAUGUUUGUUCGCAAUCCCGAGACGAAGGAUCUUGAGCCAUACAAGGGUCCGGCGCCUGGGGACAAGGGCCCCCUCCCUGAUAUCAAGGUGCUCGUUCGAAAGCCCUGGCCUGGUGCUACGGUAGAGAGUCUACCACCUACCUCUCCUGCCAGGGAGGCAGUCUGCUAUAUCGUGCGGAACCAUGAUAUCCGCGGAAAGUUCGAUCCCAACAAGGCGAAAGAACUGAACGUGGAGAAGGGAGCUAAGUACUCAGCUCUGACAAAGGGCGAGAGUGUUCAGUCGUUGGACGGAAAGACUGUUACUCCCGAUAUGGUACUGGGAGCUCCUCGACUUGGAAAGGGUAUUGCCAUCAUGGAAGUCCCCUCCUCCGAAUAUGUUGAAGACCUAGUGAACAGACCUGAGUGGAAGUCACGAGCCGUGACGACCGAGCUGAAAGCCUUCAUCUGGAUUCUUGGGCCGGGUGUUGCAGAGCAUCCCAAGUUCCAGGAAUUCGUCGCCAGCUUACCCGACUGCAAACACACUGUCUCGGGUACAGACCACACACCUAACUACCUGGCAUUGGGUAGCGCCGCUAGCUCGACCGUUCGAUUCGCACGUCUGAACAGUGACAGUUACUCAAUUCCCGUGCAUGACAAUGUCACCCUGCCACAACCUGGAGCUCCGAAUGCCGGUUCAGCAUCGGCAAUCGCAGCCCGGGAGACCUCUCCCCUCGAGCCCCUCGAGCCCGGCUUCAUUAUCAACAUGGAGCCCAACUUUGGCUUCAACAAGGACGAGGUGAUGUCUCGCUUCAACCCGUCAAUGGCCCUGCACAGGAUCCCACGUUCUGUUGAGCAACGGAUGGAUGUCAUUCGCAAGCGCAUUGCCAAGCCUGCCUUCCAAAACAUGCUUCAAGCCCAGCGGACGGAAUGGCCUGGCUCGGAUGCCGAGAUUAUUGCUCUAGGCACUGGCUCUUCUAUUCCGUCCAAAUACCGCAAUGUCUCCGCAAAUCUGGUCAAGGUUCCUGGCUACGGCUACUACCUUUUGGACUGUGGUGAAAACACACUCGGUCAAUUGAAGCGAGUGUUCGAGCCCGAGGAGCUCAGCGAAGUGUUCCAGAACCUGCGCAUGAUCUGGAUCAGUCAUUUGCACGCCGAUCAUCACUUAGGAACGGCCUCUGUGAUUAAAGCCUGGUACCAGGAAAACUACGGUCUGAAUACCGCGCCUGCUCAGCGUGAGACAGAUCUUGAAAUGAUCCUCCAAGAGAAGCGGCUAUCCGUCGUAUCGGAUGAUGCGAUGAUUUCCUGGCUGGAGGAGUACUCCGCCGUUGAAGACUUUGGAUUCGAUAAAGUCCUUCCUCUGACUGCACACCCCGAAGUCUCCGGAUCUCAAAUAAUCACCCGGCUUACAUACCGUCAUCGACCUGAUAAUGUAUUCUCUGGCCGUCGCACCUCAAUGUCCUUCAAUGACCGAUGCUCUCCCCUCACCUCUCUUCUCAAAUCUGCCACCGGCCUUGAGAACCUCCUCACCUGCCGAGUGAAGCACUGCAAGGGCGCACUCGCCGUGUCUCUCGUCUUCCCGCAUGGAUUCAAGAUAUCCUACUCCGGCGACUGCAGACCAUCUGCCAAGUUCGCCUCCAUUGGUCAGGGAUCUACUGUCCUCAUCCACGAAGCCACCUUCGGCCCCGACAUGGUUGGAUCUGCCAUGGCCAAGCGCCACUCGACGUCCGCAGAAGCCAUAGAAGUCGGUCGCCGCAUGCAAGCGCGUGCCAUCCUGCUCACGCAUUUUAGUCAGCGCUACCAGAAGCUCACCUUUGUCGACAACCGCAAGGCAGAUGUACCCCAGUCUGCCCGUGACGCAAGCGCAAAGGAACCCGCCGACGCAGAUAUCCCAUUCGACGACCCCCAAGACCAACAAGCUGCUGCCGACACGCCAUUGUCAGAUGACAUCGGCCCGGAAAUGAAACACGAAGCUAAGCCUUAUGGUGGUCUCAUCACUGGAGCAAUGGACUACAUGCGUAUCAAGGUCGGAGACUUCGCACUUGCUCAGGCUUACGCGCCUGCGCUAGAGAAACUCGUCGAUUUAAUGGAACGUGCAACCAUCGAAGAAACAGAGCGGACCAAGAAGAUCCGUCAGGCGGAAGAGAAUGAACGCAAGGCAAAGACCAAUAAGAAGUGGGCUAAGCAAAUGGCUGCUGCCGGUGCAGCUGCGGCUGCAGCUGCAGCGACGGCUGAAACCGUUGAUGUUCCAGCCGAGUCCAAUGCCCACUCUGUCUGGAGUGCCAGUGAAAGUGAGGAUGGAUGGGAGACCAGCGACUGUGAGAUGUAA